AUUCUAGAGGCCGCGGGGAGCCUGGUGGGUAGGGGCGCAGCUCCGGAGCCUACGGGAGUGUGAUCCUCUCGCUUCCUGGCGGGAAGCUCUUGAGGAGAUAUUUUCUUUUCUAAACACUAAGAAAUUUGAGGAUGGUGGGGCAAAACGACUAACUCCCACUUUCCUGUGACUCUGUAGCCGGAAAACUGUCAAAAUCUGUGGAUAAAUUUAUUAGACAAGAAGAAGAAUGGCAUCCAGAAUAAAUACCAGUUUCACUUUGAUUCCCAACCAGAAACUUACACGUAGUAAUCGUCACAACAGCUGUUAUUCCAAGACCCUUGGCUCAGGCCUUCAACCCAUAUCAACAUUUGGAAAUUUUAAAGCCUUACCAUUGGAAAUAUUCCAGAUAAUUUUAAAAUAUUUGUCAGUGAAGGAUAUCAGCAUGCUAAGCAUGGUGUCCAAAACAGUCAGCCAACACAUUACUAAUUAUAUCUCAACCUCAUCAGGAAGCAAAAGACUUUUACUACAGGACUUUCAUAACCUUGAGCUGCCUGACAGGAGACAAGACUCUGCCAUACUGGAGCACUACAAAUCUCUAGGUCUACUGUUUAAAAGAUGCACAUUGCUGCUACCCACCAAGGAAAGGCUAAAGUACAUUCACAAGAUACUCACAGAAGUUUCCUGCUUUAAAUUCAAUGGCUGUGCAGCUCCUAUGCAGUGUUUAGGAUUAACAUGUUAUGGCAUGUUUUUACAGGCCUUAACAGCAGGUUGGGAUGAACUUGAGUGCCAUCGCGUUUAUAAUUUCUUAUGCGAACUGACUAAUCUCUGCCGCAAGAUGCAAAUGGCUGUCUGCAGCAAACCAGGAAGUGCCCGAAAACUGGAAUUAAGAAUCAGACUCUUCUGUAGGAAUGUCCUCCUUGAUCAUUGGACACAUCGAAGUGAUUCUGCUUUUUGGUUGACACGAAUAUUAAAACCAUGGCCAAUGGUGAAUCAGGCAAGAUUACUGUAUAUCAUCUUUGGGCCAAUAUCUCCUCAAGAUGGACAGGUGGUUUGGCAGAAAAUGAUAGAAGAACCGACAGAUGAAUUCAGUCUGAAAGGUUUGGCUGAUGCCAUUAAGUUACUAUAUGACGCUAACACUAAAGAGUGGACAGCAGAUGAUGUUAUCAGUCUUGUAAAUGAACUAUCAGCGGUUCCCCGUGAGUGGCUUCUAGAGAAUAAUGCACGUCUCCUAAUGCUAAGUGGAAACAACAUCUGUUUCACUUUCAUGGCUAGUAAAGCUCUGAAUGGACAGACCAUUGAACUGGCAAGGCUCAUAGUCUUUUUGGCUUUGGUGUGUGAGAAAGAACUAUACUGCAUGGAUUGGACAGUUAAAAUGAUGCAAAAAGUCUGCAAAGUCUUUAGCACUCCAGUGGAAAGAAAUAACUUCCUGCAGGAUGUGGCAAAUGCAUUUGCAUGUGUUAUAAUGGAAAUGCUGCAAUCAAUUAUGUCUGGCCGGGCGCGGUGGUUCAAGCCUGUAAUUCCAGCACUUUGGGAGGCCGAGGCGGGCAGAUCACGAGGUCAGGAGAUCGAGACCAUCCUGGCUAACACGGUGAAACCCCGUCUCUACUAAAAAUACAAAAAAUUAGCCGGGCGUGUUGGCAGGCAUCUGUAGUCCCAGCUACUCGGGAGGCUGAGGCAGGAGAAUGGCGUGAACCCGGGAGGCGGAGCUUGCAGUGAGCCGAGAUUGCGCCACUGCACUCCAGCCUGGGCGACAGAGCCAGACUCCGUCUCAAAAAAAAAAAAAGAAAAAAGAAAAAAAAAUUGUUAAAACAUAUAAAUAACAUUAAUGACCAAAUUUGAAGUUUUUUCAAUUCAGUGGUCCAUUCUUUUUUGCCGAAUACCUUUGUCAUGAGGAAUAAAGUGUAAUGUCAAAUUUUAAAGGGGAAAUUAACUUCUAAAAGCAUAGGUUGUUAUUACCAUUAUUAACAAUGUUUAAGUGAUGGUAUAGACAGUCACAUUGUCACAAAAAAAGAGCAUUUGGAAAAUGAAUAGUUUAAAAACAUUAGGAGACUGUCAAUUUCUCACUAACUCUGGAACAGUCAUAACAACAUAACUAUGUAAAGUACUAACAAGUCAGAUAAUUUAGCCUGUACUGUUUUUUAAAGUAGAAGAUUGGCUGCUGGUUGCGGUGACUCACGCCUGUAAUCCCAGCACUUUGGGAGGCCGAGGCGGCAGAUCACAAGGUCAGGAGUUCGAGACAAGCCUGGCCAAGAGACCAGCCUAGCCAACAUGGUGAAACCCUGUCUCUACUAAAAAUACGAAAAUUAGCCCGACAUGGUGGCGGGUGCCUGUAAUAGCUAGCUGGGACGCUGAGGCAGGAGAAUUGCUUGAACCUGGGAGGCGGAGGUUGCAGUGAGCCGAGAUCACGCCAUUGCACUCCAGCCUGGGCGACAGAGCAAGACUCCGACUCAAAAAAAAAAAAGAUUGGCUUAAAUUAGCAGACCUGGGUGCCCAGCUCCUUUUUCCUUUUUGUAAUGAUUUCCUCAGCCUCCUUUGACUUUGAUUUGUAGAAUGAUUUUUUACUCCCUGUAGAAGGCAAGUUCAAUAACACAUUAUCUUUAUUAUUAUGUCUACACACACCAUGCACCAUAAUAGUACUAAGAAACUAAUGAUGCUAUCUUCCUUAGAAACUAAUUGAAAAUGUACAGCUUGUGAUAAGCUCUCUGUAUCUUGUGAAACUAUGAAACUUUAACACUUUUUUGGAGGAUUCCUUCUCAUGCCAAUUAUGAGAUACCCAACAGAAGGUGCAGCUGGAAAUACCAUCUUAUGUCAAUGAAUAAAAAACACUAACCUCUUUGUGAUUAUUACUAAAAGGUUAACCUCUUUAUGCACAUAGUACUCAAUUGUAUGAUUUCAGAUUUUUAUGUCAAUAAAUAUUGUGAAGGGUAAAAAUAAGGCUAUUACAAAAGCCUCUUUGGUUAUUGGAUAUCUUACUAACAAUGUGACUUCUGUAGCACUUCCACUAGCAGGUAACUGUGAAACCUGUAAGAAAUCAGGAUACGGACAUAUGCUCCUUGGUUUUUGAGGCAUUACUAAGCUAGGAAAGGUGACCUGAAAGAUAGCUGCGUUGAACAGUCUUCUCCAGGUUAAAAAAGAAAAAAAAUUCCAAAGGACUAAGAUUGCAUUCUUUUCAUCAAGAAAACAAAUAUAUUCCAUUUAAGGGCAAGAUUGAAAAAAAAAAAGAAAAAUAUAACUCCAGAAAAUUCCUCUAAUAACUAGAGACUGAAAAAAGAACCCCACAAACCGCAACGAUUUGGCCUUUGAAAGACUUAAAUUAAAAUAGUAAUACUUGUAGACAUUCCAAGAUCACUUUCUGAAAGGUAUGUAUAACGAAAAUAUGCAUUGCUAUUUCAGAAGUAUUAUUUUUAUGGUAAAAUUUCUUUGAUACUAAAUAUUUGAUAUUUGCUAAAUUUUGUUUAUUUGCUAUAUUAAUAAAACUAUGUUAAAAUUGAAAA